AUGUCCGACCAGGAGGAGAUGGGCGGAAACUCGGGGUACUCGACCCCUGUUCCAGAGUUGGACGACCACCGAAACCAGACGGCGUCGGUGCAUCGCCCUGAUCGCGCUCGACGAGGAACAUUUGACUCUCUUUACGGGGCACGCCAAGUUGCAGCUGUUGCAGCCGGACAACCUGUUGUUCGCGAUUUUGAAGAGGCCAUCAUCGACGAUGAGGGGCCUGAGAACUCGCCCACCAUGAGACGCGCCCGUCGGCCAACCAUCGAGUCGAUUUCGGAUCGCUCUUCGUCGCCUCCUAAUUCGGUCAAGGCCUUUGCCGAGGCCCGCCGGCGGGAGCGCGACAUGUCGUUCUCGGAACCGAAGCCGGAGCAGAGUGAGCAGGAGGAGCCACCGCUUCAGAGGACUGCAUCCAUUGUCAGUCGGCAUAGUUACCGCAGCAAGCAGGUCACUGUGGCGGCGAGUGAUGAUGCCGCCAGUCUUGCGACCAACAAGUCAGCCGAGGAGGAUGUCUGCUUUCCGCUUCAGGACGAGCGGAGUGGUGCCACCCUGCACAUUGACUUUGACUAUCUGGAGAAUUUUAUGAAAGCCGAAAGUGAGGCCCGUGAAGCAGCCCGUCGUCCUUCUGUGCUUCGCACAUUCCCUGAUGUCCGGCCCUCUACCAACCCAUCUAAUGUUCCAACGCCCAUGAUCACUUUGGAUGGUGACUUUCUGUCGCCAGCCUUUGACGCAGAGAGCCACCAAGAAAAGUCCGAAAAAGGUCAAGACGAGGAACAGGUCAAGCAGGUCCAACUCCCGGUGCCUCAGCCAGAUCCAAACCGGGUCAGUUUCUUCUCUUCGGCCUGGGAAUCGACAAUCAAUGCCCCCGAUCUCGAAGGAUUGCUCGUGGAGGGUGAGGAUAUCCGUGGUCUCUUCAGCUUCCCCAAGGGCGAGACGGAUGGUGUGUGGUGGCUGGAUAUGAAGAACCCUUCUGAAGAGGAGGUGCGCGCCGUUUGCAGGGCCUUUGGUAUCCAUCCCCUGACAAUUGAAGAUAUCACGACGCAGGAAUCUCGCGAGAAGAUUGAACUCUUCCCGUCGUACUACUUUGCCUGCUUCCGGUCAUUCUUUAUCGAGAAUGACGAGGAUGGGGAGAAGGAGUUCAAGCCUUUCAACAUCUAUGCGGUUGUCUUCCGCGAGGGCACGCUGAGUUUCAGCUAUGCCAAAAAUUCUCAUGCCUCUCACGUGCGGAAGAGAAUCGCAAUGCUCAAGGAUUAUGUCUCGCUCAGUAGCGACUGGAUUUGCUACGCCUUGAUCGACGAUAUCGUUGAUUCAUUCGCUCCUGAUAUCCGCUCGCUUGAGGACGAAACGGACCAGAUUGAGGAUGAGGUCUUCAUUGCCCGUACAGAUGACAUGGCACAGUUCCUCCGCAAGAUCGGCACAGCACGCAAGAACACGAUGGCUCUGAUGAGACUACUUGGCGGCAAGGCCGACGUCCUCCGAGGCUUCACCAAGAGGUGCAACGAGAACUACAAGGUCACGCCACGUAUGGACAUAGGCAUGUACCUUGGCGAUAUCCAGGAUCACGUUGUCACCAUGAUGAACAACCUCGGCCACUGCGAAAAGAUGCUGUCUCGCGCGCACAGCAAUUAUCUCGCUCAGAUCUCGAUUGAUGGUAUUGCCCAAGGGACAAACACCAACCGUAUGUUGGGCAAGGUGACUCUGCUCGCGUCCAUCAUUGUCCCGCUCAAUGUGGUGACGGGCCUGUUUGGAAUGAACGUCAGGGUGCCGUUUGCGGAUGGGGACGGGGCCACUCUCGCGCCUUUCUUUGGGAUUCUGGGCAGUCUCUUGACUUUUUGCAUUCUGGGCUUUUGGCUGGCGAGGCAUUAUCGCAUGUUUUAG